AUGGCGAUCACAAUCCUACCACCGACGUUCGACGACUAUCGAAAUGCGUCCGAAGAUGAACUUCAAGACUCGGAUGAAGAGAUGGACAUGGGUGAUAAUAGGAGACCAGCAAAGAGGGCCCGUCUAUCCCGCAUAAAAGAUACAAUUGUCACCCCUGGAGAAAUAAUCACAGAUGACCCGCAAUGGAUGAGAGGCCACGGAACUUUCACACCUGCAGCACCAGCAACAACUAAUAUAAUAGCUACUGUAGCCGGCACAGUUCUAAAGACGAAUAAGCUCCUCUCAGUCUACCCUCUACGUGCGCGCUAUACCCCUGAAAUUGGUGAUUUAGUCGUGGGCCGAAUAGUAGAAGUCCAGUCGAAGCGAUGGAAGGUUGAUGUAUCUGCCCCAUUACUGGCUCAGCUACCUCUUUCUGCCAUCAACUUACCGGGUGGGAUCCUACGUAAGCGUACGGCUGCGGACGAGCUGCAGAUUCGCUCUUUUUUCAACGAAGGUGAUCUGGUGGUAGCAGAAGUACAGAGCGUGCAUGGAGAUGGUGCCGCCUCGCUACAUACAAGAUCAUUAAAGUAUGGGAAACUACGGAAUGGCUUGUUUUUGGCGGUUAGUGGUAUGGGGGGUGGGAGUGGGACUGUCAGAGGUACGGGUGUAGUGAGGUCGAGGAGACAGGUAUGGACUAUCGAAACGGCGUAUGGCGGACCAAUCGACGUUAUUCUCGGGGUGAAUGGAUAUAUCUGGAUUUCCAAGCAUAUCCGUGAUCCCUCACAAGAAGACGGGAGCAACCCGAGGUCGAAGCAGGUGUCGUUCACCCGGCUGGAGGAUAUGGUCAACGCAUCGAUGUAUUCGAGUCAAAAUGACCGUAUAUCACUUGCUACAAGGAAGGAAAUUACAAGAGUAGCUGGAUGUAUCCGUGUGCUGGUCGAAGGAGGAGUCAAAGUCGACCAAGAUACCGUUAUGAAGGCAUAUGAAGCCAGCUUGGUCCUGGAUGACGAGGAGGAGGACAGCGACAUGGAGGGAGAUGACGGCCAAACAAAGACUCGUAGGGAGGGUCGAUAUUACCUGGGCGGCGAGAAGGCAAGUAGACUUAUAGCUACUGUUCUGAGCCGAUAG